AUGGCAUCUACUAUAUCAUAUGACGGUCCGAACUCUGGAAUCCAAGUGGGACAGAAUCAUGGUCAUAUCACUGCCCAGUUUCCACAAUCGGAAACAUCAUUAAACCAAGCGUGUCUGCGGGACCUGCGGACGACUGAUCCUCGCGAUGACAAAGAUCGCAUUGAAAAAACCAACGGAGGACUGCUCAGGGACUCGUACUCUUGGAUUCUGGAGAACCGGGAGUUUAUACAGUGGCAAGAAAGCCAAAGCAGCCGUCUCCUCUGGAUCAGAGGUGACCCUGGUAAAGGCAAAACAAUGCUCCUAUGCGGUGUUAUUGAGGAGUUGACACGUUCAAUUGAGGACACUGCAAACAUCUCGUUCUUUUUCUGCCAAGCUACCGACGUGCGAAUCAACAAUGCCGCGGCUGUUCUCCGUGGUUUGAUAUAUUCACUUGUCGAGAAGCAGCCAAAACUUCUCUCUUAUGUUCGGAGUCGGUACGACCAAGCAGGAAAAUCUUUGUUUGAGGAUAUCAACGCAUUCAAUGCCCUUUCGAGGAUCUUUAGAGAUAUUUUGAAAGAUCUAACGUCACGAAGGACCUAUCUAGUGAUCGACGCGCUAGACGAAUGUAUCAAAAACCUCCAUUUUCUUCUAGACUUGGUUGUUGAGGUAUCAUCUACCUAUACACAGUUGAAGUGGAUCGUCUCAAGUCGCAACUGGCCUGAUAUUGAAGAGCGCCUUGGUACUACAACCCAGACUACUCUGAUCUCAUUAGAGUUAAAUGAGGUAUAUGUGUCCGAAGCCGUGAAGAACUUUAUUCAACAAAAGGUUCAACAUUUGGCGAAUGUCAAAAAUUAUGAGGAAGAAACUCGUGAUACGAUAUACCGUCACUUAUCGUUAAACUCGCAAGGUACUUUCCUUUGGGUUGCCUUAGCUUGUCAAGAUCUCGAGAGAACAUCACGGCGACACACUCUAAAGAAGCUCAAAGCAUUUCCUCCUGGAUUGAACGCUCUGUAUAGUCGGAUGAUUGAUCAGGUUUGCAUUCUGGAAGAUGCCGAGCUCUGUAAGCGGAUAUUGGCUAUUAUGUCAAUAGUGUAUCGGCCAAUCACAAUUUACGAGCUACCCUUCCUUAUUGAGAUACCGAAUGAUCUACUUGAUGAUCAUAAGGCUAUAUCGGAGAUAAUUACGAUCUGUGGUUCAUUCCUGACAUUACGCGAAAACACCAUUAUCUUCGUCCAUCAAUCUGCAAAAGAAUUCUUACUCAGAGAAGCGCGAGAAAUGAUUUUCGCUGAAAAUAUAGAGGCUGAGCAUCAUUUGAUUUAUUUGCACUCCCUAAAAGCCAUGUCCAAAAUACUUCGACGUGAUAUCUUCGGUACCGAGGCUCCUGGAUUACCGAUUAUAAAGGACGCGCAGCCUUGUCCCAAUCCUUUGACAGCUGUAGAAUAUGCCUGUGUCUAUUGGGUUGACCAUCUUCAGGAAGGUUGGUGUGAUAAGAACGAUGGUUCUGAGCUUAACCAGGGAAGCGUUAUAGAUAUCUUUCUACAGCAGAAAUAUCUCCACUGGAUCGAAGCCCUUGGCCACCUAGGAAAUCUAUUUCAAGGCAUAGCAGCUAUACUGAAGCUUGACGCCGUUUUUCACGCAAAAGGCGAAUCGCAGCCUUUAUUACGUCGAGUUCGAGACGCCUGCCGGUUUAUUCAAUACCAUAGACCAGCAAUCGAAAACAGCCCUCAUCAGGUAUACAUUUCUUCACUCAUAUUCAGCCCGAUGAAUAGUAUCACAAGAAACUGUUAUCUGAAGGAAAGGCCAGCUUGGGUCUUAAAUGAACCCGUGAUAGAGAAGAAUUGGGGCCCAUGUCUUCAAGCUCUCGAGGGGCAUUAUGAUUCAAUUAGCUCCAUUGCCUGGUCACAACAUAAAAAUCGACUCGCAUCGGGGUCCCAUGAUAAUACAAUCAGGAUCUGGGAUCCGGACACGGGCCAGUGCGCUUUAGUGCUCCAGGGUCACAACGACUGGAUCAAGUCGAUUGCCUGGUCGCAAGAUGAAAGCCGUCUCGCAUCAGGAUCCUCCGACAGAACAGUGAGGAUUUGGGAUCCGGUCACUGGCCAGUGCGUGUUAGUCCUCAAAGGCCAUAGUGACUCAGUUAGGUCGAUCGCUUGGUCGCAAGACGGAAGUCGACUUGCAUCAGGGUCAUCUGAUAUGACAGUCAGAUUCUGGGAUCUCGUUACCGGCCAGUGUAUAUCCACCGCUCAGGGGCAUAGUGAUUCGGUUUGGUCGAUUGCGUGGUCACAAGAUGAUCGAAUUGCAUCGGGGUCCUUUGAUAAUACAGUUAGGAUCUGGGAUCUAGCUACCGGUCAGUGUGCUUUAACCCUCCAUGGGCAUAAUGACUGGGUUAAGUUAAUUGCCUGGACGCAAAACGGAAGCCGACUCGUAUCAGGGUCCUAUGACAACACACUCAGGAUCUGGCACCCAGUCACUGGCCAGUGCAUAGCUGUCCUUUUAGGUCAUACUGGCCCAGUGGAGUCGAUUGCCUGGUCGCAAUGUAGAAACCAGCUCGCAUCAGGGUCAUCUGAUAAGACAAUCAAGAUCUGGAAUCCGACUACUGGCCGGUGUAUUUUGACUCUUGGCGGGCAUAGUAGUCCAGUCGAAUCUAUUUCCUGGUCGCAAGAUGGAAGCCGGCUUGCAUCAGCGUCAAACAGGACAGUUAGGAUCUGGGACCCAGCCACGGGCCAGUGUGUUUCAACCCUCCAGGGGCAUAGUGGCUUGGUUAGGUCGAUUGCGUGGUUACAAGAUGAUCGACUCGCAUCAGGGUCUUACGAUAACACAGUCAGGAUCUGGGACCCAGAUACCGCUGAAUAUGCCUCGAACUUCGAGAGACAUAGCCUUCCCAUAACUUCAAUUGCCUGGUCGCCAGACGGAAGCCGGCUCGCAUCAGCGUCCAGGGAUACCACAGCCAGAAUAUGGGACCCGUGUUCUAGUCGGUGUUUAUUGAUCCUUAGGGGACAUACUGGUCCCGUUAGCUCGAUUGCCUGGUCACAAGAUGGAAAACGACUCGCAUCUGGGUCCUACGAUAACACAAUCAAAAUCUGGGAUCCCUCUACCGGCCAGUACCUAUUAGAUAUCCAGAGGCUUAGUGAUUUUGUUAUAUCGAUUGCCUGGUCGCAAGAUGGAAGUCGACUAGCAUCAGGGUCAACCGAUAAGACAGUCAGGAUCUGGGAUCUGGCUACUGGUCGGUGCGAGUUAAACCUUAAGGGACAUAGUGCUUCGGUUAGCUCGAUUGCCUGGUCGCAAGAUGGAACUCGACUAGCAUCAGGGUCCUAUGACAACAAAAUCAGGAUAUGGGAUCCGGCCACCGGCCAGUGCCUAUCAAUUCUCCAGGGCCAAGGCGAUAUUUUCAGUUCAAUUACCUGGUCGCAAGAUGGAAACCGACUCGCAUCAGGAUCCUUCAACAACGCAGUCAGAAUCUGGGAUCCAGCCACCGCAUUCGUGUCAUCAAUUUCGUUCUUCCCCUCCAAUGCACUUGACCCUGGUUUGUAG